AUGGCCGCCGCCCGCGCCGCCCUCCGCCUUCAGCGCCAGAGCCUCGCCGCCAACCCCUUUCUCUUCUCCGGCCAUGGCCUGCGCUACCGCAAGCUCGAGGUCAUCCUCACUACGACGAUUGAUAAGCUGGGGAAAACAGGAGAUGUGGUCAAGGUGGCGCCUGGCCACUUCCGCAACCACCUCAUGCCCAAGAUGCUUGCUGUCCCGAACCUGGACAAAUUCGCCAUACUCGUCCGAGAGCAGCGCAAGCUACAGGAAGAAAGACUGAAGCAGUACCAAGCAGCAGCAAAGCGGUUAGAUAAUGCACUCUUGGUGUUGAGGAGGUUCAUCUCAACUGGAAAUGAGCUGCGUACUCCUGUAACAAAAGAUGAAAUUGUUUCCGAGGUGGCAAGGCAACUCAACAUCACCAUCCAUCCGGAGAAUCUGCACCUGCAGUCACCUUUAGCGUCGCUUGGUGAAUUUGAGUUGCCCCUCCGGUUACCACAGGACAUACCGCGCCCAGAAGGUAAGCUCCAAUGGACUCUGAAGGUUAAGAUCAGGAGAAAAUAA